AGUAUAUGGAGGUAAGAAUGAUUCUCGCCGUCAAUAUUUACGACAAUUGGCAUAUAGGCAUAAAAUAGAUUAUGCUUCAUUAGUCGAACAUUAUGAUGUGAUGAAUGACAGACCAAUUGCUCCAACAACUAAAGAAAAAAAAUACUAA